GUGGAGAGGGCAGCAGCAGUAUUCCUCAGUCCAGGAAGGACAGCUCCAUGCACUCCACAGCCUCAGGGUGAAGCAUGCGGGUCGCCAGCCGCUCCAUAUCAUCCAGGCUCAACAAGCGCAGCCUCCGCUCGUGAUCCUGAGAGAGAGGCAGAGGGAGAGACACAGAGUCACAACUACAUGCUGGUCUACACCUGCAGCGCAGCUGUGGCUGUUUAACACGAUUUGACGAGCAAGCAGAGUGACACACGGCAGCCUGGACCGAAGAAACUGCAUGGUUUGAAUCUGAUGAGAAACCAGAGCCGCGGGAUCCCUGAACUCCGUUCUUUCAACACCGUGAUACAUGAUGUGUAUUAAUACGUGUCUGUGUCAACUUCAAUUCAGCAGCCUGGAAUAAAACAUCGAUGGAUUUCUAUUCCUGGCAACUCUCAUGAUCAUCAGAAGUCUAAGUUCACUGCACAGACCCCAGAGCACGGGGAGGUAUUGAGCAGUGCUGUGUCUCUGGCAGGUGAGGAUGGGGACUCUACGGGAUCUUCAGUACGCACUCCAGGAGAAGAUUGAGGAGUUGAGGCAGCGUGAUGCUCUGAUUGAUGAGCUGGAGUUGGAGCUGGACCAGAAGGAUGAGCUGAUCCAGAAAUUGCAGACGGAGCUGGACAAGUACCGGGCAGUGGUGCAGCCAGCCGCGUCCCCGCCAGGCCAACCAGAGCUGCAGGAGCAGCAGAGGACCAAGCGCCAGGCCAUUUCAGCAGAGCCCACUGCGCUUGACAUUCAGGACAUCAGCCACGUGACACUCGCCUGCUACUCCAAGAGCGAACAGUCCCGGCUGCUGAUUAAAGGCGCGAUCCUGGAGAACGACUUCAUGAAGAACCUGGAGCUGUCUCAGAUCCUGGAGAUUGUGGAUUGCAUGUACCCGGUGGAGUACAGCAAGGGCAGCUGCAUCAUCAAGGAGGGCGAUGUCAGCUCGCUUGUGUACGUCAUGGAAGAGGGGAAGGUGGAGGUGACCAAGGAUGGGCUGAAGCUGUGCACAAUGGGGCCUGGCAAGGUGUUUGGAGAGCUGGCCAUUCUCUACAACUGCACGCGGACAGCCACAGUGAAAGCCCUGACUCACACCAAGCUGUGGGCGAUCGACCGGCAGUGCUUCCAGACCAUCAUGAUGAAGACUGGCCUCAUUAAGCAUGCAGAGCACAUGGAGUUCCUGCGGAGUGUCCCCUCACUUCAGGAGCUGCAGGAGGAUGUUCUGAGUAAACUGGCUGAUGUCUUGGAAGAGACUCAUUAUGACGAGGGAGAUUACAUCAUCAGGCAGGGAGCCAGUGGUGACACGUUCUUCAUCAUCAGCAAGGGGAAGGUGAGCGUCACACAGCAGAAACUGGCCAAUGAGGAGCCUGUGUUUCUCUGUACUCUGUCCCGGGGGGACUGGUUUGGAGAGCAGGCACUCAAGGGAGAGGACGUGAGAACAGCGAGCGUUGUUGCUGCAGAUGACGUGACGUGUCUGGUGAUCGACAGAGAGUCAUUCAAGCAGCUGAUUGGUGGUCUGGAAGAUGUCAACAGCCGAGUUUAUGAGAGCGCUGAGGCAAAAGCCAAGUUCGAGGCAGAAGCAGCUUUCUUCUCCAGCCUGGAUUUCUCUGAUUUCCAGAUUGUCAACACGCUCGGGGUCGGGGGCUUUGGACGAGUUGAACUGGUGCAGCUGAAGAGCGAUGAGUCCCAGACCUUCGCCAUGAAGAUCCUAAAGAAGCAGCACAUCCUGGACACCAGGCAGCAGGGCCACAUCCUGUCAGAGAAGCACAUCAUGCAGGAGACGCACUGCGGCUUCAUUGUCAGGCUGUACCGCACCUUUCGAGACAGGAAGUACCUUUACAUGCUGAUGGAGGCGUGUCUGGGGGGCGAGCUGUGGACCAUCCUGAGGGACAGGGGAUCGUUUGAUGACGCAACAACGCGCUUCUACACGGCUUGUGUGGUCGAGGCGUUAUCCUACCUGCACUGUCGCAGUAUCAUCUACCGGGAUCUGAAACCAGAAAAUAUCAUCCUGGACCAAAGGGGCUGUGCCAAACUAGUUGACUUUGGCUUUGCAAAGAAGAUUGGUUAUGGAAAGAAAACGUGGACUUUCUGCGGCACUCCAGAGUACGUGGCCCCUGAAAUCAUCCUAAACAAGGGCCACGACAUCUCGGCGGAUUACUGGUCCCUGGGCAUCUUGAUGUACGAGCUGCUAAGCGGCAGUCCUCCUUUUUCAGAGUCGGACCCAAUGAAAACUUACAAUAUCAUCCUCCGCGGGAUCGACAUGGUGGAGUUUCCAAAGAAAAUCACAAAGAACGCAGCGAAUCUCAUCAAGAGACUGUGCAGGGAUAACCCCUCUGAGAGGCUGGGGAACCAGAAGAAUGGAGUCAAGGACAUCCAGAAACACAAGUGGUUUGAAGGGUUUAACUGGGAGGGGAUGAGAAAGGGCACGCUGACGCCCCCCAUCAUCCCGAGUGUCAGCAGCCCUCUUGAUACAAGCAAUUUCGACUGCUUCCCUGAGGACAGCGAGGACCCGCCCCCUGACGAGGACUCGGGCUGGGACGCAGAAUUUUGAUUGGCCAGUGCAAACCAACGCAGGAGAGUGGACAUAGUGCACACAAAGCAUGAAGCUGAAUUCUGAUUGGCCAGCAAGCACCCAGGAGACCAGUCAGUUCCUGACUUCUGAUUUGCUAGCAGGAAUCGGGCAGGGAUGUGGGUCACAGAAAGUAUGGAGGAUGCUGUCCGAUUGGCUAUCGGAAGAAUGUGGGAAACAAUCACUGAUAUAUAACCAUUAUUCAGAAGAAAAACAACUCGGGUGGUAGAUGCUUCUGCUCUAUUGCACUGAAAUUCUGGAAUGAGCUGCCCAGUACUGUAAGGGAAGCUCCCUCAAAUGAGCUGCCCAGUACUGUAAAGGAAGCUCCCUCAAAUGAGCUGCCCAGUACUGUAAAGGAAGCUCCCUCAAAUGAGCUGCCCAGUACUGUAAAGGAAACUCCCUCGAAUGAUCUGUCCAGUACUGUAAAGGAAACUCCCUCAAAUGAGCUGUCCAGUACUGUAAAGGAAACUCCCUCAAAUGAUCUGCCCAGUACUGUAAAGGAAACUCCCUCGAAUGAUCUGUCCAGUACUGUAAAGGAAACUCCCUCGAAUGAGCUGUCCAGUACUGUAAAGGAAACUCCCUCGAAUGAUCUG